AUGCGGGCGCGGGACCUGGCGGCGGAGGUGGCUCUGACCCGGAAGGAGCUGCGGCCGACGCCGGAGGAGGGCGCGUCCCCGACGAGUGCGGACGACGGCGCUGCGGAGGGCAGCGGGCCUCUGCGCGGAACGGGCACGCGGUUUGACAUCCUUCUGCAGGGGUCCAGCGGCCACGGUGGGGCGGAGCACAAAAAAAUGAUGCGGGCGGCGGAGAGGGGGACGACGGGCCGCGCAACCGGCGUGGAUGGCGCCGCCGAUCGCCGGCACGGUUCAUCACCGCAGAGCAAACGGCGACUUGUGCCGCAGCCGUUUUCUCACCUGUUGGUGUGUGACUUUGAGGCGACAUGCGACGGCGCGAGCGUGGGCUACCCGCACGAGAUCAUCGAGUUCCCGGUGGUUUGCGUCGACACCGCGGAGUUGUGCGUUGCGGCGGAGUUCCACUCAUACGUGCGACCCACGAGGAACCCGCGUUUGACGCAAUUUUGCACGACGCUGACGGGCAUCACGCAGGCGCAGGUGGAUGCGGCCCCGACGCUGCCGGAGGUGUUGAGGCGCUUUGACCGCUGGCUGCGGGAGGUGGUCUACCCGCUCUGCCGCCAGUGGGCGACGUCGCACCCGGGGCGCCUGAGCAACUCCAUGCAGUCGCAAAAGCGCCGCUUUGCGUACGACGAGGCGCAUGCCCCGGCGUGGACCGACUGCGAGCGGAUGGUUUGCAUGGCGACGGACGGCCCGUGGGAUAUGCGGAAGUUUAUGUACGAGUGCAGCGUGCUGCGGGACGGACACGAGUUCCCUCCACUCUUUUACCGCUGGGUGAAUGUGCGUCACAGUUUUGCCGACCUCUUCCGCGUGCGCCCGCGCAAGCUGACGGACAUGCUACGGAGGUUGGGGCUGUCGUUUCUCGGCCACCCGCACAGCGGCAUCGAUGACGCCCGCAACAUCGCCCACAUUCUCACCGAGCUCCUGAGGCGCGGCUACCGGGUGAAUCGCGUCAGCACCAUCGCGUACGCCAACGCAGCAGUGACGCAGCCGCUGGAAGACCUGGACGGGGGCGAGGCGCGCCCGGUCCACACUAAGUCUGAAGGGAAUAAGAGCCGCACGGGCGGCAGCGGCGCCAAUUCCGCUGGAAAGCGGCGUAACAAACGGCGUCACGCGCACUGA